AUGUUUUUGGUUAUCGUUGGUUUUGUUUUUUUUACUGGCAAAACUGUCGCUGCUGAAGUUAACCCGGUGUUAAAAGAUGCUCAACAGUAUAUCAAUGACACUUUUGCACGAGAUGUUAUGUAUGUAGCUGCAGUAGCUGCGUAUGCUGAUAAUCCAGAAAUAUGCUUACGCAAUAGACUUCGUGGAGCAUAUGUAAUCUCUUUAAAAAAAAUGUCUACUUAUUAUGUAGAAAAUUGUAAGAUAAUUGUUGUAUUUAGAAAAUAUAAGGCCGAAUGCGGGCCAUUACCAUUUACUGGGUUAGACUACUGUUAUGGAUAUUCUGCUCUUUCCGAUUUCCAUAAAGCUAUUAUUCUCGGCUUUCGCGGUGCUGAUCAUCUGAUACAAUUUAUAAUGAAAGACUUUCAAGCGAUUUUUGAAAAGAAAGUUUCUCUGCUUGGAGGAGGAAAAGUGGGAAGGUAUUUCCACGAUGCUUUUAAUGCAGUUUGGACAGCUGGUAUGUAUAGAGACUUGAUAAAGUUGCGGAAGAAGUACGAAGAUUACGAGAUUUGGCUAACUGGUCAUUCACUUGGCGGAUCAAUGUCGGCAAUUGCGGCACAUGAAAUUGCUGCAAAUAGUUUGUUUGACGACUGUCAGAUCAUCACCGUAACCUUUGGAGAACCUCGGACAGGCGACAUGGCAUUUGCUGUGUCACAUAACAAACUUGUCGGUUUGAAUAGAAAUAUGUUAACCGAAACUCUUUCUUUGCUAUAUGCCAAAAUCUGGUACAACAACAGCAUGGACAAAGGUGAUGAAUACAGGUUUUGUACAAAAUCAGAAAGUAAACGUUGCAGCGAAGGCGAACUGUUAAACAUUUCACCGUUUGAUCAUUUCAACUACUAUAAACAUGACGUUCGCGAAUUUGCUCUGCAUGGUUGUGUUCGACAAGAUAAAGAGUGGUUUUCCUGA